AUGGACAGUAUUAUUCCUGCCAGUUUUUCCCGCUAUCCUCUGGCUUCUGGGUCCAGCGACACCUUAAUUGGGGUGUUUCCUACUGAUGAUGGAGGGAUAUUUGCGGUGUAUGAACACUCUCUGUCAUAUUCUAAAUCAACGUCCAUUUCUCCAUACACAUGCCAGUUUUCCUCCCCAAUUAUGGCUGCUUCAUUACUCUAUCCGAAUAUGCUGUUAUACAUGGUGGAUGACUCUCUUUACGAGUGCCAUGUAACAGAGGGCGGGUUUUCCAGCUCAAUUCAGCUAAAGCUUAUGGCUGCUCGCCUGCCAUCAGAUAUCUUUUGCAUCACUACUUCUUCUGCAGGACUCUUUGCAUACUGCGUUCUUCAUGCAGACUGCUCCCUCACCAUCAUGUUUUACGAGGACGAAUGCAUCUGCGCCCUCCCUGCUCUCAAACACUUGUGCACAGUCGUGCAUCACUUAGAGCUACCCACCACUGUCUCUCUGCGCAAGCUAAAAGCAUCCUUUGACCCCACGGGGCUCUUAUUAGCUGUCCAUGUGUCCACCAACGACUCUGGCUCAUACCUUCUUGUAUUAGCCGAUGCUUCCUCUUCGCAUUUUGACGUUACAUUCGCCAAGCAAUUGAACUUCUCCUCGGAACUUCGUGCUCAAUUCAAGCAGGAGCUAUCCAGAGAUAGAGUUGGCUGGGUACCGUGUAGCUGGCGCAAACAGGAUCAACCGUUGGAUUUCCACGGCUUUACAAGCGAUGGACGGUUUGUGAUUUUGACAUGUCGGCCCCAGCUACAAUCCAAACCAGGCGUAUCCACCAAGAGCGAAGCACACACUGCAUGCUGUAAAGCAACUGCCGAGUCUGCUACACCACAUGAAUGUGCAUGCUCUACCAAUGUCGCACAGAAGUACAUCCCAUAUGAAGGCCGAGAAAUUGCCCUAGAGUCCAUUGAGGACGUCAGCUGGACCCCUUCGUCCUACAUGGGAGAGCACGAUGACCUGGAGUGGUACAAGCAGUACUAUGGUGUUCCUAAGAACUUUACUGAUAACCUGACGUUUUCUGCAAACACCAUGGCAAUCUAUCCAUCUUCUGUGUGUCUCUAUGAUCCCUUAGUACUGCGCAAUCCACAUAUUGUAUUUCCGUUACGUGUCCCUAGUCCUGGGAGUCAGCAUGCAGAACUGGUUAUGGUUAAAGGGGUGCGAUUGGAUCAAGGACAUCAUGUGCUUGUGCUCCAUAGAGGACAGGGGUUCUAUUGCAUGGCCGUAUACGCGACGGCCUCCUAUGUAUGGAGGCUUGCAGCUGAGAUAGUUAUUCCCUGUUAUCCCGGGGUUCCACUGACUGCACCAAGCUAUAUCUCCGAGGACGGAGGUGUAAUCUGUAUAGCUUCUCCACGGUUUCUCUUGUCUACAACCUUGCAUGCUGCGUUGCAGCAAUCGUUUACUGGUUCGUUCUCCCGUAUUCAGGAUGGUAUGGUUGUCUACACAGAUCUGGCCUCUUUCUGCAUCCCACCCCCAGCAUACAGCUCUUGCAUAUUCCAUACUACCGAGCCGCUUAUUGCAACAUGCAUUAUCCAGCAACACGAACAAGAUGUGUACGUGGCCGUUGUGACCAGCACUAAGCUCCUUGUUGUAUUAGUCUCACCGUUUAGCUCCUUAACCUUGACCUCGGAAGCUCCCGCAAUAGCCGGGGAUACCAGCUUCGAAGAGCAAGAAAAGCUGGUGCAAGCGGAUAGUGUCAUUGCACGGGUUAUGAAGGGAAAUAAAAAGGCGCAUUUUCAAGCAUUGAAUGACUUGGAAGAUACUGGACAGGCCGGACAGCGUAGUACAUCAUAUGAUAUCGUCACAAAGGAAGAGCUUCUUGUCGACCCUUUUCGGUCUGAUCACCUACAAGAACACAUUUUGACACACACAAGCGCAACUUUUCUUGAACUUGACUUCGCCUCUCAAUUGAGUACUGAUCUUUUAGAAUCAGUACUGAGUUGCGAUGGAUCUUUACUUUUAUUCCCAGUGGCACUGCAGGGACCCGAGAGCAUGGAUACUGCAGAAUCUAAGUCUAUCACUAUCCACUUCUUAGGUCUGACAACAGACCAUGAACUCAUUAGUGUGAUACUUAGGCCAGAGCUUGUCCUGGCGUCCAAAGCAUGUUCUUUACGCUCAGUCUCUGUCUUUGUUAAUCAUGAACAGGAGUACAAGAUACUUUCAUCCUCACCUAAGAUCGCCAUACCUUUAGAAAGAUUCAGAAAAUCCUUUUAUCUCAGAAGAGUUUUACAAGAGAAGGAGAAUAAUGAGCAAGCACUUACCAGUCCCAUCAGUAGCUUUUCUGAAUUUUCUUCAUUUUAUUGGGUCUUGUGUGAAGCAUCUGUUUCGACCGAAUCUACCUGGUUAUUGUUUGCAAUUCCACGUGCACAUCCUCAGUUAGUUAUCUAUAGAAUAGUCUCACAUGCAUCCGAGCGGAUUUAUGAGCCUAUUUACUCCUGUAACAUAGAGCCACAAUCAACGAUAUUGUAUGCAACGGAGCUCUCGGUGACACUGUAUGUUAAGCGCGGCUAUCUAGAUGUUAAGCAUCCUUCUAGGCUUUCGUAUUUCAGAGCUUGUUCGCUUUUGAAGCAGGCAUUAGCUCUGAAUUCUUCAGUAGAGAACAUUCUAGAAGUAUGUUUUGUGUCCCGACUCUUGCUGUCAUCUUUAUGCAGAAACGAUACCCUUAGUGAAGAGGAUCUGGUGCUCUACUUCAGAUUGUUAUUUUCAUCAAAUCCAAUCUUACUCUUGCGUGCAUUAGAGGCUGUGGUCUGCCCUCAUGAGAUGAAGACUUAUACUGCAAUCACGUUUGACAGAUACAACACCACUGAGAGGCAUGAAGUUAGCUUCUGGGCGAGGUUUGUGGAUUGGCUAUUUGAAAACAUCGGAUUUGUGAAAAGCAUAUCUGCACAGGCUUACAAAGAUGGAGAUGAGCUGCAUGGGGCAUGGUUAAAGAGCCUUUUGCGCAUACUACAGCUUCAUGCCACCUAUCACAGUGGAUUCACUAGAGAUUUCGGGUAUCAGAACAGAGGCGGUCAGGAGCGAAUAUUUGUCGAGCUUUCCGCAGCUUUUGCGAGUGCCUAUAUCGCAGCGCCAGAUGUAGAGGGCGGGCCUAGCCUAACAGUGUUCAUAACUCACCUAGCAUCCGCGGCAACAAGUUACCAGAUGAGUCUGGUCCACCUCCUCCAGACUAUUGAACUUUGUCUCUUUCAACAAUCACAUUAUGUAGAUAUGCACAUGGUAGCCGAUGCGAUGGGGCUUCCAAUUAGCGCGGUUGCUGCUUCUUGCUUUGGCUUGACGGAUGAACUUUUCUUGAGGUGUCGAUCAGACCCACUGCUCAAGGCAUGUACCUACUUGGCUAUGGCAUCUAACGGUGUGUACACCGUGUACACACAGAAGGACCUAGCUGUGUUCUACGACCUCCAACCCUCGGUCGCGUUUCCUUUCAUUUCUUCUACUCCUCUUAAAUAUCAGUGUACAUCUGUGUUUACGGGCUUGGACAUAGCAUACUGUCUCAUCUUACAGAUCUUUACACUCCUUAAUAAUGAACUUGACACUGAAAAUAUCGCAAAGGUUAACGCUUUAAUCUUUCAGUUUGCUAACUGGGAUCGCAAGCAAGUUGCAUUAGGUGCUUUGCGUUACCUUAAGGAGAUGCUGGACUCGAACGCAUCGUUGCUUGCAGAAGUACUCCACGAGUAUCCUCUAGAAGAGUACCUCAUCCGACUAGCUGUCCCUGCUUCUGCUGUAGGUAUGGAAGUUACUACUACCCUGUUAGAGGUCUUCCUACCUAUCUGUGAAAGGUUAAAAGACCCCCUGAUGGCCGGCAAAGUAUACCCAUUACUAGACACAAUAGCUAUGGCAGUACAGCUGCGGUUUAUAACCGAACCUGACCACGAAAGAGAGACCUCAAAACUGCAAGCGUUGCGGUUGCGAGUGUGUGAUGGUUCCAAAGCAAAGUCUCAAGCUGGCCUGAGUAACCAAUACUCUCUAGUACAUUUAAUGUUCAAUGCGCUGAAUGUGACAGUUGCCACAGACCAGUCACACCAGAUGCCAGAGAUCCUUUCAGAGCUAAGGGAAAUAGAGGUGUCAGAUGCAGCGCUUAAGAUUUUACAUUCCCUAUUAACUCACAACAUGGUCAGCGCAAGUCAGGUUUUGCAGUUAUUAAAAUGUAAGUUGAUCGCAGAGGGAGUAUGCGCCGCAGAGGCAGAGAUGGUCACUCAGAAGUCCGACAUAAAUGCGCUACAUAAGCAAUACCAAGCUGUGCGCGCCAAGAUGGAUGCCCAUAAGGAAAAACAUGAGAAUCAAAUGGGAAAGAAUACGCGAUUGCAUCAAUUGGAUGAAAAAAUGAAGGCGAAAAGGAAGCGGUUGGAGAGUCUGUCCAACCAAAUCCACAAUAGUUAUAGGGAUAAUGCCUUAUUGUUAUGCUUCUGCUUCAUUGUUUAA